GCCCUCUAUAAAUGCAGAUUGAAAUCCCAGCAACUUGACAACAAAAGACAUUUACCGCAAAAAAGUAGGGUUUUUGUGACGAAAAAUCCAUGAAUCAAACGAGUUUAUUUGAAAAUCCUUGCGCGGAGUGAGAAAAAUAAUCAUUUUAGUGUAUAGGUUUCGUGUGAAAGUAUGAAGAGGCGAAAUGCUGAGAUUGCCAAAAUGAGAAGACCCGUGAAAAAGAACAAAAUCACUGAGGGAUUUUACGGAAGCACUGUAUUAUACUUGAAGUUUGUCAUCCUGUGGGUGUUGGUAAUUUUGGCCGACUUCAUCUUGGAGUUCCGAUUCGAGUUCCUGUGGCCGUUCUACCUGCUGUUACGCUCUGUGUAUGACUCGUUCAAGUACCAGGGACUGGCCUUUUCGGUAUUCUUCGUGUGCAUCGCGCUGACGUCAGACAUGCUGUGCUUCUUCUUCAUCCCAGUGCAUUGGCUGUUCUUUGCCGCCAGCACGUAUGUGUGGGUGCAGUACGUGUGGCACACGGACAAGGGCAUUUGUCUGCCCACCGUCAUAUUAUGGGUACUGUUUGUGUAUCUUGAAGCGGCGGUUCGGUUGAGGGAUAUCAAACAUAUGCCUGGGCAUCUGGAUUUGUGCAGGCCAUUUGCUGCACAUUGCAUAGGUUAUCCAGUGGUGACGUUAGGUUUUGGCUUCAAGUCGUACAUAGGUUACCGGAUACGUCAGCGCAAACAGCAGCACGUCGCGAAAGAGAACCAGUUCUACAUGCAGCUGAUGCAACAAGCAUUGCCGGCGGAGGCGGUCAAACCGCCUCCGCCACCCGCUGCACCCAAUAACCAAGACUCGGGCCAAUCGCAACACGCGGCCAUCGAGUCGCCGCAGGCAGCCACCGUCACCGCACAUUCGACGACUAAUGUACAAAAUAAUCAUAAGUUACAUAAUAGUAGACAAUCUCACGAGAAGAAUGGUCACAUACCAAAUGGUACAAUAGCAAAUGGUGUACACACGUCGUACAGCAGCAAAUCACAUCAUCGCAAAUCGGUCGAAAAAUGCAGAGACCAACACGACCAGCAACACGAUCACAGGCAUACCGACAGACAGCAGCGAUCUUCAUCGCACGCGCAUCAGAACGGUUCAGUACAGUCCGGAAGUAGCGCACACAGUCACAGUGCCAGUGGGGGGCAACAGACCUCCACGGACGGCGACUGCAGUUCGACGGGGAGUUCUCAGCCUAGCUCUCCCGUGUUGGAACAUCCUGAGGGAAUGUUGCUGCGUGGAGGUAGAAGCAAAAAGGAAAAGAGAGAACAGGACAAAGAUCGGGAAGCGAACGAGUACCUGCAGAGGCUGGAGAGCGACGCGAAAAGGCUCAGGUCGGAUUUGCAGAGUAGCAGGGCUAGCGAACAGGAGCUCAGGUUGCAGGUUGCUGCAUUGACGACGGCAGACAAAGUGUCGAAAGGCGAAAUAUCCUCGUUACAGCGGGAGCUCGAAGAUAUUCAGCAGCGAUUACAGAGCGCCUUAAGUACAAAAUCAUCAGAUAAACAGACGAUAAGCAACUUGGAGAGACGGAUAGCCGAUGAGAGGCGACUCAGGUCCAGUUUGGAAUCACAGCUGAACCAAGAGAGGAAAAGUCGGAAACAGGAGGAGGCCAGAGCUGCUCAGGCGGUUGCCGCCCAGCAGCGCGAACAAGCGGCAGCGGCAGCAGCUGUAGCGGCGGCGUCACAGCAGCAACGCGUCAGCGGUGAAUGCGGCAGCGACCAAUGCCGACAGAGGCGGCGCGAGCUGGAAGCCGAAUUGGCUGAGGCGCGCAGGGAGGCGAGAUGGCACGAGGAACGGGCACAGCAGCUCGAAAGGGAUGGUGCGGCGAUGGCAGAACGUGCCAGAGACGCCGAUUUACUGAUGUCGGCGUUAAGCGCGAUGCAGGAGAAAAACGCUCAUCUGGAGAACUCCUUAAGCGCAGAGAACAGAAUCAAAUUGGAUCUGUUCAGCGCGCUAGGAGAAGCGAAACGACAGUUGGAGCUCAGAGAAACCGCGAAUCGUGCCCAAGAAAAGGAGAUCGAAGAGCUGAAAUCGAAGAUCGCCCAAGUGUUGGCGGUAAUGCCGAACGACACUCUGGGGCUGUCAACAGGCUCCGCCUCCAGUACAAUCAGUCGCGUGCGAUUGGCCGAAAGUCCCCCCUCCAAUUUGGACCCCAACGCGACGGCCUACACGCCCAAAGGGUCGCUGGUCGCGUCCACCGAAGCCUAAAACUCUUGUCGAUCCUCCUCGUUCGUUCGUUCCUUCGUUCCUUCGUUCACGUUCGUUUUGUCAUUGCCCAUCUCCAUUUUUUUCUAUCUGUAUAUGUAGGAAGGUUGCGAGUAUUUUGAACUGCCCAUUUUAAAGUUUGUUUGUUAUUUGACGGUUGUGGUGGUAAUAACUAACAUACCAGCAGUUAGCUCACUUUGAUUUGAACAUGCCAAACAGUCGUUUAAAGAGAUAUUUCAAAGAACCUGCUUGCUAGUAGUAAUGUCCGCCCGAAACUUCGCAGUUUGCCUUAUUUUUUGAUUUCGAAAAUAUGCAGACAUUUUAGGUCAGCGAUUUUAGCAACAAUUGAAACACUUAUCAAAAGACACUAGCGAACAUUAACACAUAGGCUCUUGUAUCAAUAUUUUCUGUUGAAAUUGGUUAGAUAAUGAAACAUUUUUUUGAGCUACCGGUUAUUACCAGUGUAUACAAUAUGUCUAAUCACUCAGAAAACAAACGUUCGAAGAUAGAAAAGCCAGUUUUCGUGAACAGAUCAUAAUGGUAGUUGAAUUCGACUUUAUUUAACUUACACCAUGUCAAAAAAUAAUAUGAUUCAAAUUGUCACUUUAUUUUAAAAACUACCUUUAUUGCAAGGUAUAAUUUUGAAAAUGUUCCUGUGUAUCGGGUAUUUAAUCAGUAGCUCUGGGAAUAUGUAGCUGUUAAUUUAACAUUUCAAAUGAAGUUUCUCUUUUUUGUUGUUGUAAAGAUCGUCUUUAACAGAGUCGGUCAACAAUUGAUUUUUCAUUUCUGGAACAGUACGCGUGUCAAAAAAAAUAUUUCCGGAAUUAUCUGUUUAUUUCCGAAAACCCUUUGAAUCCAACAUUUUUGUAGGUGCGGCUUUUUGAUAUAUGUAACUAAAAUGUUGCUCCAAUUUGACUAAUUUUGUAUCUCUUUCUUACAUUAUUUCACUCCAAAUACAAGAGCUUUAUUGAAGUAAGGUAUUUAUAAUCAUGGGAAUAUCAUCACGUUUUAUCUAAUAUCAACAAGUUUCGAUGUAAUACUGCAUUAGAACAUAGACACACAGACAAACGAUCGUUAAUCUACCACUUUAUCCUUAUAACACAACCCUUGUCUAAUUUUUCAAAACGAGGGAAUAGAAUAACUGAUAGAAAGUGGGCAUCACCUUUCGAGAAAUUGUAUUCUUUGACCUUGAUGAGCCAGUUACUUUCCAUGACAUUCCCUUGGAAAAUAUUGUAGGUUAUUGAAAGCGGGAGUCUAGCCGUAUUCUGAUGUCUAACGAAGUUAAUUUUCAUAGGACUCCAUUGUCUGGCCCAAUGAAACUAUUGUACGAAGUUGUUGCCAUGGUGGUCUUUUUCAAGUUCAAUAAUGACAGUACUUGAAAAAGCGCAUCGUGGUGGUCAAAACGUCGUACAAUAAAAAUGAAUUUAAACAUACAUGUGGUUUUCUUGAGCCAUACAAAGGAGUUCUGUGACCAUAAGAAACACAGGAUAUGUUUCAAGAGUUAUGUUGAUGUUAAUUUUGCCACGAAACAUUUAAUGAUAUGAAAAACCUAGGGUCUUAACUAUCUUGCCGAAAAUGGCUGCAAAUAAGUAUUACAUAAAUGUCAAAAGCUAUAAGAAAAGUGCUGGAACAAGGCCCACCCCUCUCGUUUUCAGGAAUUGUAAAGCGCAAACGGUGCUAAACAAAGCUUUAACACUUACACAGGCCCACAACAUAUAGUGGUAUGUGCCUGGGGUCCCACUAUGUUUUCCCCAUGCACUUUUUCUCGCUGAACACAAAUCAAGUCAGAAUUGACGAUCGCAGGACAAAUUUUAGAAAAAUCGUAUGAAAACUAUGAAAACCAUCAGGACCACAAAACUAAAAAGUGGUAUUUUCCUGGUGAACUCGUGUUCGUAUCUGAAGUCAGAAUUGCGGGUUGCUGGACAAAUAAGAAUGUAAUUCAGACAAUAUCCCACAUUUUGGCAUUUUUGGUGGAUGUGCAUCUCUUUAGAUCCCUUAAAGAUGAAUAUCCAUCAGCAAUGACAAUCUCAGUUACUUUCUUAUUUGUCCAGCGACCCCCAAUUUUGACUUCAGAUUCGUGUUCAGCGUGAACAAGUACAUGGGGAAGACAUAGUGGCACCCCACGCACAUACCAUUUUUUAUUUUACGGAGCUGGGUUAUUCGAUAUGAUAUAGGAUACCAUAGCAUCAUCUAUGAGAAUUUAUCACAGCCAUUGUUCUCCUCCCCACACUAAUUAGAAAUCUACUUUGAAAUUAGGUUGGCUUUCUUCAGGUUACGUUAAUCAAUGCUUUCUCACAUCUGUGGCAAUUCUAGACGCACUGACUGGUGAUAUGUUACCACCAAGUACUAUUAACAUCAAAAAGUUAACAUCAUUAAAAUGGUUUGUUCAAAAUGGUCGCAUCCUGUCUAUCAGUCUCUUCUUCCGAUCGUAUCGACAAAUCGAACGCGCAAAUUGGGAAGGUGACAGUUUGAGCAAGAAAGUUUACAUAUUUUAUAGUAUUUAUGCCAAAACCACAAAACACCUUCGAUUCGAUUGGUACAUUUUCGGUUCAAACACAUAUAAUCUGUGGAUUUUCUUGCCAAACUUCACAUAUGAAAACUAAUUGAAAAAAUGUGGAUAUAGUGGUGUAAAAUCGUUUGUAAUGUCCCUUCUUAGGAGUUCAAUAUUUUGUAGAAUGGAGUGACUUGCAGCACAUUUAUUUGUAUAUACUGUGAAAUCGAAGAUUUAUUUGAAAAACAGGUAAUACAGGUUUCGCCUCAAGGAUAAGUUACACUGUUUAUUUUACCCAGGUAAUUGGCGCCAAAUUUUGAAGACUUUUUAUCUGUAAAAUUACGCAUAUAUCCUGAGUAGUCCAGACUGUUCCUGCUAGAUACACAGAAUAGAAAAAUGUCAUUACAUUAAAUCACAGGUUACAAAUCUGUGAGUUCUUUCGCGACAGUCUACUCACGGCCGUUUAAUUGAACCGAUAUUUUGUCAAAAUAUCCACAUUUUUUUUUAGUCGUAUCCCGAUUUUUGAACCCCCUUAUCAUUUUUUUCUUCCCUAUCUCGACUUCUCGACCCAUCAUAUUGAGUAACGGUAUCAUGUGCUGAUGCUAUAUUCUUUUUUGUUAAGUUUAUGCCUAUGUCGUUCUCUUUACCGAUUUUCCAAUUUCAAAAUUUCAAAUCCUCCGAACUACAAUAUUUAGAUGUGGUUUUUACUAGACUGAGAAUUCUUGCCAAUGCUUCAGCCUCGCAUAUAGUUUCAUCAGGACAUCACAUAAUGAAUUGGUGUAAGAAAUUUUCAUUGUUGGAUGACGUUUUUAGUGUUUUUGUUUAGUUUUAUAUAAUCAGAGAUUUUGGAGAUUUCAAAAAGAUGGCUUUUGAAGGAGGUACCCACUUUUUAGCAUGCAUGGGCCAUUUUUUCGUUAAUGCGAUCAAGAUAUACACAUUUUUGAAGCUAAACUUGUAGUGUUUCGUCCAUUUAUUUUAAUUACAUACGUAAUUAGUUGUGAUAUUUUUCCGUUGAAAAUUGUGAUUUGAUAUAUACCUCCAGCUCUGUUUUGAAAUCUUCAGGUGCAAACAUAGAUUGACAGCUGACAUUUUGAGUGCCUACUUUAAUGAUGAAUUAAUGCAACUUUUUUUGUAAAUAUUUUGAUAUUUGUGAAAAUAUUUUUAUUGUUAGGAUCUGACACUCAUUUGGAUAAAUCGUUUGAAACCGCAAUUUUUCGUAACUAUUUUCAACCAUUGUUCCUGGAUUACGUUUUCCGAGUAUGGAACAUAAAAGUGCAGUGAAUUUUACAAAAAAUGGAAAAUUUGUGCGACGGAGAACGACAGAGGUUGAUCGUUAUUUGCGUAAUACUUUUCGUAAUCUCGUUUAUUAGCUUAAACUGAUGUGAUAUGAUUAUUUAUAAUUGUGGUACCGAAACUUGGAGGUAUAUCAGCCCCUUCCUAUACCUAUUUAUACAGGAUAGUCUGAAGUUCAAUGAAAACUGUCCCGUUUCAUCUAUUGCUGUUUCGCUACACAUUGGUUUUCAUCACACAGGUUUUACAAAGCGAAAAUUCAAAUUAUUUAUUCUUGGUAGCCAAUGUGUACAAUAAAUCUUGCAACCUUUGAUCAACAUAUUCCACAUGAAGAAUUUGGGACAGAUAUGAGACAGUAGCAGGACAUAACAAUCAAUUGAAACGUUGAAAAGCGUGUUUAGUAGAGAUGCAGUUUGGAAAGUAAAACAAUUACAGAUGCGUUAUUUUUGAGCUAUAGGUACAGUCGGGUAAUAUGGCCCAGUUUCAGUCCGAGAGCAAUACAAAAAUAAAUGCCAACAAAUAAAAAAAAUAUUUUUAUUCGCAACGUGUAGAAGAACUGUAAAGGAAAUAAAAUUUUGGGCCAUAUUUCUGACUUUCGCUGAAAUAUGGCCCAAGUUCCGAAGCGUGGUUAGAAAUAUGGGUCUCAAUUAACUUAAUUAUUCAGACGAACAAUUAGAGCAAUAAAACAUUCUGUGUCCUCGGCAGUCAAUCCAACGCAUAUUUCGUGGAUCCACAAUAGGCAACUGGCGCACUGUCGCAUAUCACUUACAGAAUCCUCAUUGCACCCGCCACAUAGCCAAUUUUCUUUCGGCUUUGAUUGGCUUGUUGACGACUUCGUUGAGUUUGCUUGAUAUGAGUGUUCGGUAAAUAUCUCUUUUUAACAGCUGCGGUUUAUAAUUUAAUGCCUUCCUGUUUGGUCUUGAUUCUCGUGUUCAGGAUUUCUGAGAAAUUCAAAUUUUUCUCAGGUGCUGAACAUUUUGCUCCUUUAUUUACGGAGUCCUGCAUUUUAGUCUUGAUAAUAGUUACAUUUAAAAUAUUAAUUUUUUUAUUCGUAUCAGAUGUAAUAGCAGACGCUUGUUGAUCAGUCCAGUGAGAAGAACCAGCACUCGAUUUUUCAUCUAUUUUCAUUCUUGUUGAUGGAUUAUUAUUCUUAAGGAAAUAUGCAAGUGGCAGAUCAUCAUCUGAGCUAUUAUAACUUUCCGCUUCAGCAUCCAUCACUUCAGGAAUGUCUUUAUGUGUCAAGGUAGAUGGAGCAAAAGCAGUCUCUGGAAUAACAUCCGGGUCGAAGGGAAACAUUCCUGUUGACCUGAAACCACUUUGAAUGUUGCGUAUCGUCAUUGCUUGUUGCCAAACUUUGGUAAAAACAAGUCCAAAUCUCUCCUUUUUUAAUACUCUCAUUGCAGCAGGAUUACUCUCCCAGUACUUCAUCAACUCAAUAUCCCAAUAAUGCUCGAAACUACGAAAAACUGCCUUAUCCAGCGGUUGUAGUUCAUGCGUCGUAUUUGACGGUAAACAGUAAAGUGAAAUGUCAUGUUGUUCAGCCGCUUCCACGAUUAAGAUAUCUAAAUGGCAGGAGGCACCAUCCAAAAUCAGAAGAACCUUACUAGCAGGUUUAUACUUUGACAAAUGCUGCAACCAUUUAAGAAAUAUUUCUCGUGUCAUGCUGCCUUUAGGAGACAUUUCAAGUAUCUACCCAGGAGGCAAAUUGUCGCUGUAAGAGUCCUUUUCCGCAAGCCUUUGAAUAUUAACAUAGGCGGCACAGCCUGCCCAAGAGCGUUAACACAAGCAACAAUUGUUGCAUUCUCUGCAUGUUCAUUGCAGAUAUUGUGGACCCUGCGUUCCCCUUUGGAUGCCAAGACUAACUGAGAAUAAUGUAAAGUUAGGCGGCACCCUUUUUCAUCAAGAUUAUAUAUCCGCUGUGGUGAGUUUCGAAUGCUUAAUUCGUUAAGGACUUUCAACAAUUUAUCAAAGUGGUCUCUCACAAUAACGUGAUUUAAUUUUUGAGCCCUCGCAGCAUUCAUGGAUUGAGCUUAACUCUUCGAUAUUUUUGGAUGCCGCCCCAAAAAAAUUUUAUACCACGUGAACCCAGCCAUCUCUUUUGAGCUAUUGAAUUUAUGUGAAAUAUUGUUGGUUAUACAAAACUGGUAGACACUUCUUCGCACGGAUUUUGGAGUGAGUGGUAGUCCUAAACGAGAGAGCUUUAAAAUGCGAGCUUCCAACUCUCCCUCUUGUUCGAAAGUAAGUAAAGGUUUACGACCUAAUAUUCUAUCGCUAAGACCAGAUUUUAUAUGAUUCCGUAACGUGGUUCUAGGAAUUCCGCAUUUUUGCUACACGUAUCGUUGGCUUUUACCGCUCCUAAGAAGUUGUAAAGCCUCCGACAUCAUAUCUUGAGUCCAAUUUCCUCGAACUCCCCUACAUAAUUUCCCUAUUUUCGACCUGAAAAACAAAAAACUGAAUUAGGAUAGACGGAUGAAAUGGUCAAAAAUAUGGCCUACCGCCGUGCAGAAAUUUGGCCCGUAUUUCUGCCUAUGUACAAGAUUCAUAUUUUAGGUUAGAUUUUUGUAACCUAUAAAGAUACUUUCUCAAACUCACAAGUUUUGCGAAGGUUAAGGACUACUGUUUCUGUUGAAGCACUUACCUUUAACUGCAAUAUUUCACUUUCAACUUUCACCAAAAUAAUAAUGUAUCAAGUCCUAAGGGACAUAAGCGGCUUACGUGCAGAAAGAGCGCGGAAUUCUGAACUAUAAAUUAAACCUCAUUUACCGACAUGAGUGAACCUUAAAAUAAUGAAUCUAUGCAUAAUAACAAAAAAGUCAAGCUUGCAGCGUAUUCUUGUCAGUAUCAAAUAUCUGAUUUGGAUGAUUUGUCUGCAGUAUGUUUACUGUAUUCGUGUCGCUUAUUUUUCAUAUACAAGGCGUAACUGCUAAAUGUUUUACAACAAAAAAAAAAUGGCAAGUCCAUACAGCAGCUAGUUAAACUGAAACACCAUUGUAGUAGCACUGUUUAUUUGCUCUUUUAUCUUUCAUAUGAAAUCUCAAAGAACAACUAAGAUCACAAAAAUGAAAUAAAAUAAUGCUGCGGAAGUAAAAAAGUAAUAGGGAUAACUUUGAUUUUGUCCUUUACAAAUCUGAGUUUGUCCAACUCAUAAUUCAGCAGUUUUGAUUUGUGUUUCUUUUGCACUUUUUAUUUGCUCUUUUAUCCUUCAUAGGAACUCUCAAAUAACACCACAACCCACAAGACGAAAUAAAAUAAUGCAGCAAAAAGUGAAAAAGUAACGCGAAUAACUAGUACCUAUCUUGCAUUUCGGUGAAGAAAAUCUGUAUUCAUAUAUAAGUAACUUUAAUUCAGUCCUUUCAAAAUUUGAGUGGGUCCAAAAUAAAAUCCAGCCGUUUUGACUUGUGCUUCUUUUCUAACUUUCUGCCAAACGCAGCUCAAAAACCGAUAACGGUUUAAUUUCAAAAAUGUAAGUUUAAAGCAUCUUACAAAUCUCAC